UGGCUUUGUUCUACUUCUUCAUUCUUCUAGUGUUUGAGUAUAUAGUUCUAUCAUUACAAUUAGAAAAAAGAAAAAUUAAGCAUCAUAUGCGUUAGCUUCUAACCAGUAGACUACAUAGAUAGCAACACAAGUAGUAGUUGUAUUUGCCACAAAAUCCCUACCAUGCUAAGCUAUGUGUGGAGUCCGUUUGUUUGGACUUUGUUCAUACUUGUUUUAUUUAUCCAAUGGAAGUUCUAUCCUUUAAAAAAGUCGAAAAACCCACCACCAUCGCCACCUCGGCUACCGGUCAUCGGGAACCUCCACCAACUCGGCACCCUCCCUCACCAAUUCUUCCGCUCGUUAGCCACACGUUAUGGCCCGCUCAUGCUCAUCCACUUAGGCAGUGUCCCGACAGUGAUUGCCUCAUCUUCUGAAGCGGCCCGUGAGAUUCUGAAAACUCAUGACAUCAUAUUUGCAUGCCGGCCCGAAAUCAAAUUAUGUAAGAAACUUCUAUACGAUUGUAAAACUGUCUCCGCAUCCCCUUAUGGGGACCAUUGGAGACAGCUGAAAAGCAUCAUGGUGCUCCAACUUCUAAGCACCAAAAUGGUGCGGAUUUUUCACUCAAUUCGAGAAGAAGAAACAACAAUUUUGUUGAAAACUAUUAUUGAUUCAAAAGGCAAAGUGUUAAACCUUAGUGAUUUGUUUGUGACAUACACCAAUAAUGUGACAUGUCGGGUCGUGUUAGGGAGGAAAUACGGUGAAGGGCCAAAUGGAAAGAAGUUCAAGCAACUUCUGAAGGAUUUUCUCGUGGUUUUGGGGUCCAUGACGAUAGGCAACUUCAUACCAUGGCUUGCAUGGGUGGAUCGUGUUAAUGGGUUCGAUUCUAAAGUGGAAAGAAUAGUUAGAGAUAUUAACGAAUUUGUAGAGGGAGUAAUCGAAGAGCAUAUGAAGAAACGGCAAGUUAGAUCACCAAAUGAUGUUAACCAUGACAAUUUUGUUGAUAUCGUGCUCGAGAUACAAAAAGAUGAUGCGUAUGGUAUUUUACGGGACACGACUAAUAUCAAAGCUCUCCUUUUGGAUGCGUAUACUGCUGGGACCGACACUACUGCAACUGUACUAGAAUGGGUGAUGGCGGAGCUCCUUAGAAACCCAAGUAUCAUGAAGGAAACUCAGAAUGAUGUGAGAGCUGUUUUACAAGAUAGAACCAUCCUGACUGAAGAUGAUCUACAAAAGAUGACAUAUCUAAAAGCCGUGAUUAAAGAGACUCUUCGACUCCAUCCUCCGCUUCCUAUGCUAGUUCCAAAUAUGGCAUCCAAAGAUGUUAAAGUUAUGGGGUAUGAUAUUGCAAAGGGAACAACAAUCAUGACCAAUGUUUGGGCUAUUGGAAGGGACCCAAAACUGUGGGAUGAACCUGAAGAGUUUCGGCCUGAGAGGUUUUUGGGCUCGAGUAUUGACUUCAAGGGGCAUGAUUUUGAGUUGAUACCCUUUGGAGCUGGGAGGCGGAUUUGCCCAGGGAUUGCAUUUGCAAUGGCUACAAAUGAGAAUUUGAUAGCAAAUCUAUUAUGCAAGUUCGACUGGGCAUUGGCUAAUGGAGAGAAAGCAGAGGAUUUGGAUAUGUCUGAAUGCCCAGGGGUUGCGGUUUGCAAGAGCGUUCCUCUUCUCGCUGUUGCAACUCCAAUCUAACGCCCUGGUUUGUUCCCUCAUACUGUGAUGCUAAUGAUGUUCCUCCCUUUUAGUUGAUCCUAAAAUAAUAAUAAUAAUGUAAAAAAUGUUGAUAAAUAAUAUUCAUUCUACAUAGUCUUGCUUCA